AUGAAUACGUCCGACCUUUGUGUCUUAGCCGUUCCAGCCAAGGGAAAAGGUGUCGCGAAUGCAUCGAGUCCUCAGUUCGGUGAAUUCAACAAGGAGAGCACUUUUGAGCUUCUUGUCGCCCCCAUCCAACAGAGCAACUUUGACGGCAUUGGCAGCAAUAGUCAGCGCCUACCGCGUAAUGCGUGCCUGAAGAAACUCUUAACCCAGCUACAACGACCUGGUAGCCCAAUUCCUUUCCGUGGUGUCCUGCUCACUGGGAGCGUGCAGUGUCUUGUCCGUAACUGGGACUACGCCACCGGUAUCGCUGAACUGAUGCAGUCGCUCAACACCCUCGUCCAUCAGGGGAAAGAACUCUACUUGUUCGGUGCGUAUGUCCGCCACUUGGAGCGCAAUAUUAUUCUAAUGUGUCUCGAUGAGGAUAUGGGGAUUCAGGCUUGGGGUGUCAUCGCUAAGGAUUACCUCCAGCCCCCCAAUGCUGCCCCGAAGGCGAAUGGGCGUCCAACUCCCUUUAUCGCUACUGGCCGUAAAGCAUAG